CUGCUCAUUGCCGCAUCUUGAACGAUCAGUAGAAUCAUGCAGCAAUUCUCUUCUUCCUCUCUCCUCUGAUCCUUCACGCACGUACGUCAUGAGGGUCAAGUUACGUCUCCUCCUCGUGCUCAUCCUCGUCCUCCUCCUCCUUUACGUACUGAUCUCGUGGACCUCGUUUUCCCCGGUUCCUGCAAUUACAUCGCUGACCUCGCUGUCAGAUUCGUGCACCAAGAUCCCACCCUCUCUAGCGACCGCUAUCGUGCACUACGCCACCUCCAACACCACUCCGCAGCAGACCCUCGAGGAGAUCUCCGUCACCGCCAGAGUGCUACGGAAGAAGUCGCCGUGCAAUUUCCUGGUCUUCGGCCUCGGCCACGACAGCCCCAUGUGGAGCGCGCUCAACCACGGCGGCCGCACCGUCUUCCUCGAGGAGGACGGCUCGUGGAUCCGGACCGUCCGGGGGCGGUUCCCGGCGCUGGAGGCGUACCACAUGACGUACCGCACCAAGGUGAGCCAAGCGGAGGGUCUCUUGGCAUCGGGGCUGAAUUCGACGGACUGCGCGGUCUGGAACUCCAAGUGCCCGCUGGCACUGACGGAGCUGCCGGCCGUGUUCUACGAGGUGGAGUGGGACUUGAUCAUGGUGGACGCGCCGACCGGUUACCAAGCGGACGCUCCGGGGCGGAUGGGGGCGAUAUACACGGCAGGGAUGGCGGCGAGGGGGAGGAGUGCGGGGGAGACCGACGUGUUCGUGCACGAUGUGGAUAGGGUUGUGGAGGACAAGUUCUCCACGGCCUUCCUCUGUGAAGGAUACCUGCGGGAGCAGGUGGGGAGGCUGAGGCACUUCACCAUUCCCAGCCGUCGGACUACUCCGGCCAUCGCAUUCUGUCCCUGAGAAGCUUUUGAGUCCGAUC